AUGCGCACUCCACACAAAGACGCACCCGCCCAAAACGUCUACUCCCUCCAUUUUCCUCCACUUUCCUCCACUUUUCGCCGUCUCCCCUCACGUCUCAUGAUUCUUCGCCUCUCACCCCAAACACAACGUGCGCUAGAUAUCCUGACCCGCGAGCAACGGGCGCGGUUCGCCGCCAUCUGCGCAGAAUGCGAAGACCAUCUAGCAGACCACGCUCUGCCAAACCUGCCCUGGGCUGUUUCUGCUGCACUUUCUCCUAGCAACAGAGGCCGCAACAGGUACCUGAACGUGUUUCCCUGGGACCGCACCAGAGUGAAGUUGCCUGCGCCAGAUCAUCUCGAUUACAUCAACGCAUCGUGGGUGGACAUGGGCGCAAACCGCCAGUACAUUGCCGCACAGGGCCCCUUACACAACACGGGCCACCAUUUCUGGGCCAUGUGCUACCAAGAGGCCGAGCGCCGCGGGUGUGCCGCAGUUGCCAUCUGUAUGGUGACGCCGUUGGUUGAGGCUGGCAUUGAAAAAUGCGCCCGCUACUGGCCGCUGGAAAGGGCUCCUGUGCUUGAAUUGAGCCACCUUUUGGCACAAGACCACAUCACGCCUGCGUUGACAGUAACCUGGCAAAGCGAAACGGCGCAUCCCGAUGGUUUCGUGGUGACGGAAAUGACCCUCGCCCUGCCGACGACUACAAAACGAGUCUUCCAUUAUGCAUACCUGGGAUGGCGAGACACGCGUGUGCCUGAGUCGCCCAAACCGCUUUUAGCUUUAUCGCAUGUCCUCGGCGAGAUGCGGGCACAACACCCGGGCCUAGUGCCUAUCGUGCACUGUUCUGCGGGCGUCGGCCGCACGGGCACAUUUAUAGCGCUCGACAGCUGGUGCCGGGCGCCCACUUCGCCUGCGCCGGCUUCGACCUUCGAGCCAAAGUCCGAGGAGCCAGAUAAUGCACCAUCUAAGCGGGCUGCCGAAAUGCUGCCCUCUCAUCUGCAUCUGACGUGCGCAAACUCGACGCCUUCUCAACCGUCAAAGUCCCACUUUUCUCAGCCAGAAGAGCACCCUGAUGAUUUAGUUUUCCAAACAGUAAGACGCCUCCGCCGAGAGCGCAUGAUGAUGGUGCAAACAGUCCACCAGUACACGUGGUUGUAUUCAGUGGCGAAGCUGUUGUGUGAGUAG